GAACAGUUUUACUAAUUACCAUAGAUGAACUACAUAGAAUAAUUACAAAAUAAACCGAUAAUGUAAAAUUCAGAAGCAGAUGUUGGUUCUCCUCCAAUAUAUUCUGCAAAAGUGGCUUUCCAGUGCUCAAAACGAACAGCUUCUAUCAACAGAGAAAGCAGCCCUUCUCCAGGGAGUAAUACUUUUUUUUUUAUAAGUUUCUCCAGGAGUAAUACUAAUAUCUCUACUCCAUUUUCUUUAAUCUUUCAAUCACCUAGAUUUGUCAAGUGGUUUCAGAGAUUUCCAAAAUCAACAGAAACAUCACUCUUCUUUAUAUGCAACACACAAACAUCCCAUCUUAGAAACAUCGUAUCCAAGUCACAAAGGUUCAACCAAUUGAAUUGCUUACUUGAUGGAUAAGCAGCACUCACGGCAGGCAGAGCAAAUAAAGGGUAAGCUUGUGAUUUUGACUAAUAAGGAUUUGUUGUAUGAUUGUCAAACCUUGUAUUUCUCUUGUUACUCCAAAGAGAACCAUGUAAGUCAUUGUGAUUUGAGGACAGAAAAAGAAGAGGCAAAAGCUGAAAGUGGGGAAUCCUAAGCCUGAACAGAGCAACAGUAAAGAUGACAUAAGCAGUGUCCCCCAGAGCACCGAGCAUCACUUAGUGGGGUCACCGAAUUGGGAUAAGAUUACAUAAAAAAAGGAACUUAACAAUCUCACUUCCCAUAAAGUCUGAUACCUCUUGCCACUGAAUCCUCUCUUCUUGUCUUCCUCUUUGAUCUAAUUCUUUAAAGAGAGCAUCACAACCAAUCCACAAGCCCUCUCUCUUCAUUCAGUCUCCUUUAACACUGUCAGCUGAUUUGAAAUUUGAGGAGACAUGUUCUUUCAGGGAGAAGAAGCAACUGAAACAGCACCAGAUGAACGGCAGGGUGAAAAAAAAAUCAGCAGUGGCGAUGAUGAUGGAGGAACUGAUUAUGACGAUCCAGGCGAGUGGCUGAAUCUGAGCCUAGGCAGGAAUGUGCUCUCAAUUGCUGAAGACCCUGAUAGACAACAAAAAACUGCUCCUACCAAGGUUUUCUCAUGCAACUUUUGCAAGAGAAAGUUCUUCAGCUCACAAGCAUUAGGGGGUCAUCAAAAUGCCCACAAGAGGGAAAGAGGUGCAGCCAGAAGAUAUCAGUCUCAUGGGAUGAUGAGGAUGAUGGGAUUACCCAUUAACACUCCCAUUGCCCGAUCGCUAGGCGUUCAGCCCCAUUCACUUGUGCACAAGCCAAGCAGAGAUUUAACUGCAAUUGUAACAAGAUUUAAUGAUGCCAACACAGGGUUUGGAAUGGCAUGGACGCCCUUCACGCUAGAGGACACAACAGAUUUACUGUGGCCAGGCAGCUUUCGUAUGGAUCCAAAACUACCACAGACAUCAUCAGAGCCACAGAAGCUAGACUUGAAUCUGCGGCUCUGACCCAUCCAUCCUUCAGCCUCAGUUUGGAAUUAAUUUUCCACUCUUUCUAUUGGAAUGGCUCUCGAUUUCUUCAUCCAACAAGGACAGAAACUAACCAAGUUAGGAUCUGGAGUUCUAAUACUCGACAUUCUAGAUGGUGGUUCUGCCCAAUGAAACUAGAAGAAAUACCAAAUAUUUCCUACCAGUUAUGCAUGUUGGAGCAUGAACAAAGUUGAAGCCUAACCUUGCUUUUCGGUUAUUCUGCUUUUGAUGCCUGAAAUAAAUCCUGGUGCACUACACACGUCGCAGAGUUUUUAAAGAGUCUUUCUUACCCUAAUUAUAAAUCUACUUCUAUUGUUUUCUUUUUCUUUUUC